AUGCAGAUAAAGUGUGGUAAACGAUCGACAGGUGGAAAAACGGAAACAUGGAUUGCAUUAAUCACACUAGGAGAUUUCGAUCUUAUUCAUGAUAUUAUACAAGAAGUAAAUGAAACUUUUCUAAGAAGCUUUAAAAAUCGAAUAGAACAAUUAAUCUCUACGUUAAAAGAUCCAAUUGCAAGAUGGUCGUCAAAAAUAGCAAACUAUUUACUUGAACUUUAUAAUGCUAUGAAAGUGAACCAAUUGAAAUAUAAUCUUAAUUUUUCUGAUUAUUGUAAAAUAUAUUUAUCUGUAGUAGCCAAUAGUGGAGGAUUACCAAUUGAUACUUCCAUUUUGGCUAAAACUGUGGAUCCUAUUGACGAUAAGUAUAAACUGUGUGCAGAAUAUUUUGCCUAUACAUUUACUGGUGCUGCUAUGAUGGAUUUUAAACGUGAAGUUGCUAAAGUAUUAGAUACACAUAUUAACUCAUUGCCCGCUGACGACAUCAUUGAAUAG